UCCGUUGGAGGAUUGUUGUUGUUGUCAGCUAACUGUCAACCAGAGAGCUAUUUCUCUGAAUAAACCCACUCACCACAAUGUCUUCGGACUUUGAGACUUACGAGCAGGACUUUGGAACCCUCACAGCAGAGAUAACCAAUAAAGUUGGAAAAAUUCCUAAACUAAGUGGAGAGGAGAAGACACAGCUGGUUCUAAAUGUCGACAAACAGCUUGAAGAAGUCAGAGAGUUGUUGGAGCAGAUGGAUCUGGAGGUGCGAGAGAUUCCCAUCCAGAGCCGAGGCAUGUACAACAGCAGGCUGAAGAGCUACAAGCAAGAGAUGGAGAAGCUCGAGAAAGACUUUAAAAGGUCACGUAUUGCCUACAGUGAUGAGGUGCGCAACGAGCUCCUGGGGGAUGACGGCAGCUCCUCGGAGGGCCAGUUGAUAAAGUUACGUGAAGAGAGAGCGCAUCUGUUGGACAACACAGAAAGGCUUGAAAGGUCAUCACGGAGACUGGAGGCCGGCUACCAGAUAGCAGUAGAAACUGAACAAGUUGGACAGGAGAUACUUGCCAACCUGCACAGUGACCGUGAGAAGAUACAGAGGGCCAGAGAAAGGCUGAGAGAAACGGAUUCGAACCUGGGAAAGAGUUCUCGCAUCCUGACGGGCAUGCUCAGAAGGUAAGAGGCAGGAUCAUCCAGAAUCGUAUCCUGAUCUUCGUCCUCGGAGCCGUCAUCCUUCUCACUAUCAUCCUAGCCAUCUAUUUCAAUCUGCGAGGCCACUGAUCUCCAGCGUGCGCACACACGUUCCGCCCCCCUCCCUCCCAACACAAAUACAAACACACACACAUGUGAUUAAUAGCGACGAAAGCGUUGUUCUGCUGUAAUUAGGACAAAUGGUCCUCAUGAAUCACUGUUUCCAGAGCCUGACAAGGAGCUUUUUUUUUUUUCCUCAUUUCACGUUCCUUUGCUGUUUCUUUCUCUUUCUUUCCAUCUCUACCUUGUUUCCCCACUUUGCACUUCCCUUUCUCCUUCUUUUCUCUCUUUUUUCCUCCUCCUCUUGGUUUAGUCAUCUCUCUGUCAGGCUCUUUCUUACAUCUCCAGCGGGCAAAGAUGGGGUGUUUUUAUGAUUAUUGAAACUUGGUGUUGUUCUGAGUGUAGAUCUGCAGUCCAGUGUGUCCCCAGGUGAAUACACCUUGGUCAUUUUUUUCUGUAACAAAACGCUGAUUCUCACUGGGUGGGAUUUUUUUUUCUUUCUUCUUUAUUAGAGGGGGUCCAAGUGUCUUUCAAGGUGUAUUUGCAUGCAUGAAAGACAGAGUAACUGAGUUCCUCUCAUCUGUGUUUGCAUGAGUGACAGUGGUGGGCUGAGGAGGGGGAUGGAGGGGGGCUCCCACUGACACCAAAAGGAGACAUGCAUACUGAAGUAUGUGCGAGCUUCUGUAACUAAAUGAUUCAGCUGUUCUUCAUGUAGCCCCUACACAGCAGGACAGUGCCUUCAGAUAAGAUAUGCCGUUCACGCUCCCCCUUUAAAAAGUCCAGCAGAUCCCAAAAUAGACGCACGGCGCUGCCUCGAAAAAGAGAGUAUGCACAUUAAAAAGGUUGAGGUCAGUUCAACUUUGGUUUGUUCAGUCAGGAUGAAAGUAUUGUUUGUUUUAAUUAAAGGAGGCUGCUUCUUCGCAACAUUUGCAUUGAGGAACAAAUAUGGGUAUUUUUAAGAGAAUUUGAAAGAAAUAAAGUAUUUGAUGACAUUUUUAAGGCAAAAGGGAACUGACCCCAAUCUUGACCAAUACAAUACAUGGAAAACUUUAUCUGACAUUAUAUUAACAUAUUCAGUAUCCACAUAUGCUACAUUGCACUCCUCAGUCACACAUCAUAACUCAUUCCUAUGGACCUUUUAACUGUCAUUGUAAAGAUUAUAGGCAUCAUACUGUAUGUACUAACAUAAUAAUAGACAUCAUGUAUAGCUUUUGGGCUUUCAAUUCAUGUGAAUCUGUUUCUUUUUAUUUAUAAAUUAAAUUUCCAGUUAAAAUAUAUAUGUUAGAAGUGUACAUUUUAAGAUGUUUAAUGUUGACAUUAUUUACAGUUUGGCUGUUGCCUGAUGCAGACUGCACACCAGGACCAAGCGAAAUGUGUGGAUUUCUAGUUUUCUUUUACUUUGUUUUUUUCUUGUUCUUCUUCUAUAAAUGUAUCUAACUUGUUUUAGAGCUUUUAAUGUUUGUUCUAUAUUUUCCACGUCAAGUUCUGACGAUCAUGACACAGUCCCCGUUUCUAUGUUUGCCUGUAUGCAGACUGACGUUGUGAUACACUUGAAGUGUUGAACUGCUGUGUAAUUCUUCAGGGAGUCUUGGAAGAUCUAAAUUUAAGAGCAUAUUUGGAGAGUUUUUCUGAAGUUAGAUAUAGUAUGGUUUGAAUAGUAAUGCUCAGUGAGCCGGAAGCGCACACACACACACACACACACACACACACACACACACACGUACAGUACAUGCACUGGAGUGCGCAUCUGUCUCAUGUGGUUGGUGUGUCGGUUCCCACUAAGCACAUUUGCUAUUCUGUUUCAGGGCCAUAGUCUUCAUUUUCGACGGUACUGGGGAGUCGUCCCCUCCCGCCCCCGAAAAACACACGCAUACACAAUACACACACGUGCACGCACACACUUCCAAAGUACCUCCCCUGUCGGCCACCAUUUCACAGGCCCUCGCCAGCCGCUGCGCCGUCACCGGCUUCAAAGCCUCAAAUUAAUGGCCAACAAAAUAGUGUGGCUCCGACUGUCCCACGCGGGGCCGGCCCACCAAGACUUAUCAUUAAAGUCAAGGAAUAAUGAAAAAGUGCAGGAAGAAAAGAGAAGAGAAAAGGAAGGAAGUGAAUAAGGAAGGGCGUAGGUGGGGGGUGCCAGGGCGGAGGGGGGGGUUCCAUUCCCUGGCAGCUUGACAAACCUCAUCUGGUAAUGACCGUCGGUGACGGCGCUUUCACCCAGUCAAAGUGCGCCGUGUGUGUCUGCCCGCAUGUGCAGCCUGCCUGAAGUGUUCUCCGUCUUUCUCUGCCUCCCCAUCCCUGCCGCUCCCCCGUUCCUUCCCUCUCUACCUCUCCUGCCACCUUUCUCUCCUCCUGCCCGUCCUCCCCUCCCCUCCUCUCCUCUCCUCUCCCUCCCAGCCUGUCAGACGAGCGGAGCAGUAGCGAGCGAGCGAGCGAGCGGUGGAAGGCAGCGUGGCGGCGGCUUCUAUUUGAAGUUGUAAUGGUGUCAAAAAGUCAGGGCUGACUGACAGACGUCAGUCCCACAGGGCCUCAUUAAAAACAGACCCACUUGACAAGGAAAUAAUUGAGCGCCGGCGACACCUCAGAGGGCCCCUCCGCAUUUUUAGAUGUUUUUAUUUUCUUUUCAUUAUUACCGCCGAGCUAUUAUGUUCAUUAAGAAAUGGCAUUAAAACAAGUUUUUAUAAGAGGGGAGAGGCAGGUUGGGAGUGGGGGGGGGGGUCAGAGAAAAAGACGGAUGUAUGGAGGUGGGGAGAUAACGAUUUGUUUAGAGCCCCCGUUCUGUUUUAUUAUUUAAACAGGAGCACUGUCAUGUGAUACCAUGGCAGACGUUGGCUAUCAUCUCUCCUCUCUGUCUCCUUUUCUCCUUUUUUUUCCUCUUCCCUUUAUCCUCUUCCCUCUCUUUCCCCCCCUCCUCACUUUUUGUCAUCCCUUCCUUCGUGCAUCCUCCAUUUUUUUUUUCUAGUUCUCCUUUCUCCAUCCUUUUCUCUCUAAGCAGUGGGUGUCAUUGGAAUAUGAACUAGAUUAUUCAUCAGUGUGCCCCCCCUCCCCCCAACACACACACACACACACACACAGCCCUCACACACACAUACAACUCACUAUUACUCCUUAAAUUUGCUGAUUUAGUUUUCGACGAGCGUCUCAUCGCAGUAGGCUGAGAAUGAAAACUUGUCAAAAAUAGGUUAUAUCUUAUUCCAAGGGGCAACAAUAGCAGCAGGUACAGACACCUCUUAAUAUUUAAUUUAGAAGGGUGUUAACCCUCCUUAAGUGACUGGAGCUAUGUCUUCCAUACAGACACCAGGCGGGACGAGGAAGGGGGGGAUGAUAAAGACAGAGGAGCGAUUAAUUUCUUUUUAUGUCUGAGAAGUGAUUUUGAAGCUAUUUAUGUUUCCUCCCAUUUGCCUAGGAGACAAUUUAGUUGUUCAGCGUCCCUAUUUUUGUUUUUCCAGACAUAUCCUCAACCUGGAUGCCCUGUGACAGCUAAAAAAAAAAAACAUCCUCUCUAUUUAUGUUGUCACACAAAUAGUGGUUCUUUUAUUUUAUAGUGUAAAUGAUAUUCCAGAUAAUGAAUACGGCCCUGCAUCAGGCCGUCUCCAUAACGAUGCCCCGCUUCCAAGGAAGCUCAGCAGCACCACACUCUCUGGUCCUUUCCACAAGGUCUACAGAAAACAUAGAAAUGGAAGACUCUUCAACAAGGAGCCUCUGUGAUGCGCCGCCAUUACAAAAAGCCAGAUGUUUGUCUGCCUUUUAAGACAACAAGGGAUUGUGACAAGCGUUUGUUUGAGCGGGCUGUUCCCGUGCGGGGCGGGCCUUAAACUGGAUAAACGGCACCAGUGGUGGGAUCGCAACAGGAGGGUAGGCGCUUCAUCUUCAGGAGUGUCCACAUGCCGUCAUCCGCCACACACACACACAAACCACCGCACAUGUAUAUUAAAGGAGGCCCUGCAACAACGGCUAACCCAGAAAGAAACAAACACAAUGACGCUGUUUGAGAACUACAAUGAGUAUUCUUCUGUUUGAUUCAGUGAAAGCACAACGCUGCACGUAUGGUGCCCCAUUAAGAGAACACACGCGCACACACACACAAUCUAGUGUAUGGCCGUUUGAAAAGGAGCCAUGUUCUCCAUUUGUACAUGCCACCAGUCCCAGCAGAAUGGCUCUCUUUCUCCCAUCAGCCCUUUAUCUGACUUUUCUGUCGCCCCGUCAGCACCAUUAGCCAUUUUAUUGCGGUUUGCUUAAGAUGAAAUGACAAUGGCCGCCAUUAUUUCAGGAAGCCACAGUGUGCAGGAAUCCAUACAUGGAUGUCUGUGCGCUUGUGUGUAAAUGAUGUGCCCCCCCCACCCCACCCUGUAGUUGAAAUGGUGCCGGAGUGCUUGGAGAACGGGGGAAAUGCUGGACCGUCCGUGCAUAUUCAAGUCCAUCUGUUAAAUCUGUACGACUCAUUUGUCCUGUUGUCUAGGUUUCACCGGUUCAUCUUGUUCUCUUCAGGUGGACCAGUGAGAUUCUAAUCUGCACUAAACUUGACUUGUGUGAUCUCUGUCAGUUUCUGUGUUGUUCAAUAUCUGUGAUUAAAGCAGUUCUGAAUUGCAGUAACCAAGAUGCCAUGUCAUAACUUGCAUAUCCAGAGGUGUCAAGUAACGAAGUACAAAUACUUUGUUACCUUACUUAAGUAGAAAUUUUGGUUAUCUAUACUUCACUGGAGUAAUUAUUUUUCAGACGACUUUCUACUUUUACUCCUUACAUUUUCACGCAAUUAUCUGUACUUUUUACUCCUUACAUUUUAAAAACAGCCUUGUUACUCUAUUUCAUUCCGGCCUU